GACCCAACCUCACCUCUAUUUUGCCUUGGCUCGGUUCGACGAGUAAGCUUCCUUCUUUUCCUCUCCUCCUUUUCUUCCUUCUUCCUACUCAACUCCAGCCUACUUACCUAACAUUUGCUUGGUUAGGUAGCUUCUAGAUAGCAUCACCCUCAGCUUCUACCUUCACCCCGCCUCUUCUUCACCCAACAGCUUCGCCCCGCUCGCCCACCAUGGCUUCCCACGACGAUGAUACCAUGCCCGAGGAGACUCAGGGCUACAAGCUCUCUCAGCCCAAGCAGAGUCUGGCUGAGUACCAGCAGAUGGACGCUGGCGAUGAGUCUCUCCAGCGAUACAAGGAGUCCCUUGGUCUCGGAGGUGGUACCGACAUCUCUGACCCCAACGACCCCCGAGUCUGCAUCAUUCUCUCCUUGACCAUGGACUCCCCCGGCCGUCCUCCCGUCACCAUCGAUCUCUCUACCCCUGGAAGCGAGACCACCCUCAAGGACAAGCCCUUCAACAUCAAGGAGGGUGCCAAGUUCACCAUGAGCGCCAAGUUCAAGGUUCAGCACGAGAUUCUCAGCGGCCUUCACUACGUUCAGGUUGUUAAGCGAAAGGGUAUCCGCGUCUCCAAGGACUCCGAGAUGAUUGGCAGCUACGCUCCCAGCACCGACAAGCAGCCCACUUAUAUCAAGAAGUUCCAAGAGGAGGAGGCCCCCAGCGGCAUGCUCGCUCGUGGCCACUACAACGCCAUCUCUAGCUUCGUUGACGACGAUAAGAAGAAGCAUCUCGAGUUUGAAUGGAGUUUCGAUAUUGCCAAGGACUGGUAGAUAUCGGCGCCUUGAUAGUACGGACCGACGACAUAACUCAAAAAUACAUAUCACAAGUCAUGAGAUAAUGAGAUACCUGAACAUUUGGAGAGGAACAUACACACACACACACACACACACACACACACACACACACAAAACUUCACAUAAACUCAAAGAAACCCCAAUUCGGUUGGAGAAAGGCCUUGCUCUGUUUCCUAUCGCUUGCUUGUCAACGACAGAACGGUACCUGUGGCUACAUCUAGAGCUUCGAUACUGCAGGAGAAUAAAAAUGCCUAUAUACAUCAAGUUCUAUGCUAUGCAACUCUAUUGCUCAGGCCCGA